UGUAGAAAAAAAACAGGGAGGAGAACCGAGAAGAGAGAGAGUCCGCUUCUCCUGAGUUUCAGCCAUUGUGGGCUAAAAUGGAUAUCUCCCAGGAAGCUAUACUGUCCGCGCUGAUAGAGGAGGGAGGAAAGGUGAGGAACUCGGAGUUACUGUCAAAGUUUAAAGCUGCGCUGAACUGCAGCGACCCGGUGGAGAAGAAGCAGAACCGAGACCUCUUCAAGACGUUCGUCAACACCGUCGCGGUGGUCAAAGAGCUCGAAGAGACUAAGUACAUUGUCCUGAAGAAGAAAUACCAACAUUUACUGCCACAUAGUGGAGAUGAAAGCGCUGAGAAGGAGGAAAAUGAAGAAGACCCACCAGAUAAAAGGGCACUACACUCAGCAGGAGAAGAAAAAAAGGAUAGUCCUCCUGAAAGGCGAGAAGAAGCUAAGACUCCUUGUUCCCACAUGCCAGAAGAGCAAGUUCAGCCAAAUAUAGAGAAUGACUCCUCCAACAACAGCCUGGAACUCUCUCCUAUAGAGGUGGCCUUCCAAAGGGUCAAGACUGUGAAUGUCAAAGCCAAAAGGACUCUACAGUUUGUGGUGCCGCUCAAACCAAGCCCAGACCCACCAGCCCCCCACCAGCCUAGGCCCAUGGGCGCUACAGCUGCACCUACAGGCUCUAACAAGACCCAAGCAAGCACCCAGAUACGAUUUGCUCUGCCCUUAAGAAUGCCACCAGUCACCAUCACCCCUUGUCCUGAAGUGCAACCGGCCAAGGAGGAACUGGCACCAUCAAAGUCAAUGCUGGGGCCCCCCAGUUCACCCAGAUAUAAGAGGAGACCGUCUACAGACAGCAUGACAAGCAGCAGUUCACCACAAACCAGGAGACACUGCAAAAGCGUCAGACCAGACGAUGAGCCCAAACACUCUGAAACGUUCCCACUUGAAACCACAGAGCACGAGUGGCUGGUGUCAGCGGCGGUGGGCCACUGGGGUCUGGUGUAUGGCCUCCUGCUCAGUGAUACUCAGAUGACAGAUAAGAAAGACUUCAUUACCGGCUUCACGGCUCUACACUGGGCGGCAAAGUGUGGAAACAGCGAUAUGGUGUGUAAAAUCAUCGAGCUGUCCAGGAAAAGGGGCAAGGGCGUGGAUUUGAAUGCCAAAUCCUUUGCUGGUUAUACGCCGCUCCACAUUGCUGCCAUCCAUGACAAGGAGAACAUCAUGGAGCUUCUGGUAAAGCGCUAUGGAGUGAACUGCAAGGUCCGGGACAACUGUGGGAAGAUGGCGCACCAUUACCUGCACAAAGGAGUCUCUGCUGAGCUUCGAGAACUGCUCGGCGCACCAAAGACCAAAACUGAAGCUCCUGAGCCGCAAAAGAACAACGAAGAGCUGGAGGCCAACAGGCACUCUCACACCAUCAGCAGACUUUUCCAGCCUCAAUCAGUGGGCCAGAAGAAAAAGUCAAAGCCUAGGAGCUCCUUUCUGUCUGUGGCUGAGGAAACCAGGGGGGAUAGAGAUGAGCACAGUUCACUCACGCACAGGGUUCUGUCUGAUGUUUUUUCCUAAAGACUUUGUAUACAUAACUCUAUUGAUUAUAAACGCAAAAAUAGUUGCACCCAGAAGAAAGUGUCAGAUUGCAAUGCCAUUCGGAAUGAAGAUAAAAGUUACCAGGAAAAAUAAAUUAUUACAAAUUUAUACUAAUACGGGCAAGUCUUGGUCAUAUUCACUGAGCUACAACAAAAGUCUAGUCUUGGCAUGGAAUGGUAGAGGUUCCUAAAGGAGUCCUUUAAUAAUCAAUCCCAAGCAGCAAGAAUAUUCAUGCAAUAUUUGUCCAGAAUUGCACCCCACAUUAUGACACCUGGCCUUCUAAAUGCGAGACACAUGCCAACAAUCUGUUGAAUAAAAAGCAGGACUCAUCACUGAAGAUGACUUGCUCCUAUUCUGAGUCACUACAUGACAAUCUACCAUGACUACUUACCAUACAUUUCAAUCCUGUUGGUUAAUGUUUUUCUGGGUGCAACUAUUUUUCCAACAAUGAGUGUAAGUUCAACUUCUGCUUACCAUACACUAGACGACUUCUGAAAAAGACUUUUAAUACACUAAAGUCUGACACCCUCUCACAUCUAAAGACAAGUAACAAGAUAACUUUUUCCAAAGACUGCAACUAGACUCUUUCUGAGAUUAUUUCCCAAUUUAUCAUCCAUGUCCAGUUCCGUAAACAUUCCCGUGCUUGCUUUGUGGCUUCCUGUAGCUCUUCUAUUGGUUGUUGACUUUGUUCACAUCACUAUUUGUAUGGCCAAGUCUCAAGACUCACAAUAAAAUUAAACACGGUUGAAUUUAUCUGAACACCAUGACGAGAAAAAGACUGACUGAAACCUUCAGUCCUCACAUCCCUACACUAAACAAUCAAGAUAACGUGACCCCAACUCGACUCUAGCAAGACUACUGCUUUUUUCUGCUACUGCAAAAAAUUAAUUUGUCUGCGACAGUGAAAUUGCUUGAAAAUCAUGUGGUGUAAGGUAGGCAUUACCAGAGUUCUUCAUUCCAGUUCUAGAGGGCUGAGGUCCAGCAAUAUUUGAUUAUUACCAUGCUCAAACACAUCUAUGAAAGGUGGCAUUUAGCAGUUGAACCAUAUACAGCUUUGGAAAAAAUUUAGAGACCACUUUAGUUUUCUGAAUUUUGCUUUUCCUAGAUAUGUGUUAGAGUAAAAUGAACAUUGGUGUUUUAUUCUAUAAACUAUGGACAACAUGUCUCCCAAAUUCCAAAUAAAAAUAUUGUAAUUUUAUUUGCAAAAAAUGAAAAAUGUCUGAAAUAACAAACUUUCAGACCUCAAAUAAAGCAAAGAAAACAAGUUAAUAUUUAUAAAGUUUUUGGAGAUCAGAAAUCUAUAUUUGAUUAAAUAACCCUGGUUUUUAGUCACAGUUUUCAUGCAUCUUGGCAUGUUCUCCUCCACCAGUCUUACACACUGCUUUUGGAUAACUUUAUGCCUUUAAUCCUGGUGCAAAUUUUCAAGCAGUUCAGCUUGGUUUGAUGGCUUGUGAUCAUCCU